GGUGGGGAGAAACUGAGGACAGAGCGGAAGGGGCGGGGCGCCGCGCCGCGCGGGGCUGGCCGGGAGGCGGUGGCGGGAGUGAUGCUGCGGCGGAAGCCGACGCGGCUGGAGCUGAAGCUGGACGACAUCGAGGAGUUCGAAGGCGUCCGGAAGGACCUGGAGAGCCGCAAGAAGCAGCGGGAGGAGGCGGAGGUGGCGGCCGGCGAGGAGGCGGCGGGCAUCGCGCUGGGCACCGAGCACAAGAGCCGGGAGCAGAUCAUCAACGACCGCAUCGGCUACAAGCCCCAACCCAAGGCCGGCGUCCGCGCCGCACACUUCGGCACCUUCGAGUUCUAACGGGGCCGUGGCCUUGUGCCGCCCCGGGCGGUCCCCCCUCCCCUGUCUCCUUAACAGCUGUGAGAGCCCCGCGGCGGCUGUGCUGUUUUAAAUAAAUGUGUUCUUUUUUAGAAACGAA